AUGGAAGUAGAAUUACUGCAGGCCUGCAGAGAGGCACAUUUGGAUGAAAGUUCUAUUCUUUUGGCAGAGCACAUAUUUAGGAAGGAGCAGACACCCCGUGCAUUUCUGGGGCUUCUUACAGUUCUGGCAGAGACAAAUAAGUACGAGGCCGUGAAGUGGCUGGUGCACAGAAGGAGGGAGUACUUUUUGUACGAAGAGAUACAAAGGAUCUACAUUGAAGUUAUGAAGAGACUGGGUGAGAUAUCUGAGAUAGAUGCAUUUAUGAUGUCAAGCAAAAGGAUUGAUGAGAAUGAGUGCAUGCAGGACACGGAGGCAGGGAGUCGUAACUGUGCGUAUACAGUGGACUGCCAGAAGACAGAGGGAUAUUCUAGUGUAGUUGGUGCAGAUUAUGCAGGGCGUGGGUACAGACCAAUUAGCAGGCUUUCUUUGAACAGCUACUACCAAGCACUUAUACAAAAGGGAAGUGAAGAGAAGAGGAGAGAGUGCAUUGACAGGGCAAUAGAAUUUGAUGAGAGAAAUUUGGAGCCAUACAUAUACAUAGGCAUGACUAAGUCGUACAGUGAGUUGGAAGGGUACAUUGACAGGGUGCAAGAUGCAUCUGUUAGGGAACUGUUCAGAACCCUUCUUUCCAGCAGGAAAGAGUCUUUCUCACUUUUCUCAAGAUCAUUUCAUACACCAUUUUCAUGCUGCAGGAUUGCGAAAAGACUCUUCAAUGAGAGACAGACAAGUGAAAUAUUUCAGAUUGCACAGUACACGGCAUCUGUGUAUCCAUCGCACUACUUCACGUACAUUAUAUCUGGGAUGUAUUAUAUACUCAUUGGGAAGCACGCAGAUGGUAAAAGAGCCUUGUUUAAGGCCCUGCAGCUGAAUAAUUCGUAUGGGAUGGGGUGGAUUCUGUUGGGAUACUGCCAGGCAUUCCUGUGCGAGAGCAGUAAUGCAAUUGCAUGCUACGAGAAGGCGGAGGUCUUGAUGGAAAGCACUGGGUACAUGCCCUCCCUUGGGAUAGCCCUGGAGUACCAUAGAAUGCGAAGUUAUCAAAAGGCAGAAAAGAAGUAUCUUGAUGUUCAGAAGAAGUACGGCAUGGAGUACUGCUUCAAUCCUUAUGUAUCCUUGCUGGUUGUGCAGGGACGAUAUGAUGAGGCACUGCAGCUGAUUGCGGAUAAAACAUGCUCUGGGGAAAGAGCCCUUCUUAAAAGUGCCUGUUAUUUGUUCCUGGAUGAAACAGAAAUGGCAGAAGAGGCCUUGCAGGAUGUAAAUAUAUCAUACCACAGCAAAACGCAAAGCAAGUACUAUUUGCUACUUGGCUACAUACAGCACAUGAAGAAGAAAUAUUGCGAGGCCAUAGAGCUGUACCAGAAGGCUAUUCUAGACCCAUCUAAGCCUGCUGGUAGUUUAGUGAAUGACCUGCUGGAACUUGCAAUAAAGAACUCGCUGGAAGAGAAUAAUAAGAAGCUUGUGAUGCAAUACAAAGAAGAUGUAUUUGACUUCCUUGAUCUGAAGGCAGACCUGCCUUUAGUUCUGUGA